AUGUCGGCAAACACCGUUCCCUACCCUUUCCACUUCGACUCCGCUGCCACCAGUGGGCCUCAGGAUGGAACCACCACCAAUGUCAAUAUCAAUAUCAAGAAUGUACGCGGAAAGAUCCCUUCUCUCCAGGCAGCGCGUCUCCGUAUAAUGAUGCUGGAAGCUCGCAAUGAUCCCACUAAGAUCCUGGCCCACGCCUGCACGUACGAUGGCCUGUCCUCUCGCCUUGUGGAGGAAGCCGGUUUUCCUAUGGUCUUCCUUGCAGGUUAUGCCGUGGCUAGCUCCUACGGUCUUCCUGACACUGGAUACAUUGCCAUGGCAGAGAUGUGUGACAAGAUUCAGGAAACGGUUCGUCAAGUGUCGGUUCCUAUCAUGGCAGAUGGAGAUACUGGAUACGGAAGUCCGAUGAACGUGAAGCGAACUGUUGAGAGUUUCGCAGCCGCGGGUGCAGCUGGUGUAAUGAUUGAGGAUCAACGCUGGCCAAAGCGCUGUGGGCACACCAAGGGAAAGGACGUCGUUUCUCGCGAAGAGGCAUUUGCCCGUAUUCAGGCUGCCGUCGACGCUCGCAAUGAAGGAAGAGACAUUUUCAUCCUUGCUCGGACUGAUGCUCUGAUGUACGGCUGGGAGGAAGUUAUGACUCGGGUUAAGGAAUUCAUGCGUAUCGGCGUAGAUGCCAUCUUCAUUGAGGCUCUACCUGAUCGAGAGGCGAUGAAGCGUUGCGCCGAUGAGAUCAGCUGCCCCAUUUUCGCGAAUAUUAUCGAAGGAGGCAAGACGGAGAACCUUUCAGCCAAAGAGCUUGCUGAGCUCGGGUACAGCGCCGUGGCAUACCCGUGGACAUUGGUUGCUGCUCAUCUGAAGAGCGUCCGGGAGGCUUUGGACGGAUUGAAGAGAAGCAUGACCGUGGGAGCGCCACCCAUGAUUCUUACCUACGACGAGGUGUGUGAAGGUGUUGGCUUCAACAAGUAUUGGGACCGAGAGGAGAAGUAUAGAUUUAACUAG